AUCAACUCUGUUUUCUUUGAUCUUGUUGUUCUUGUGUUCACAACUGGAUUUUAGCGCCAUUUUGUAUCAGCUCUGCCCCUUCUCUUGAAUCUCCUCAUUUUGGUAGUCUCAAGUGGAUUACAGCUCCAUUUUGUACCAACUGAGAACCCAUCUUUAAUUUAUUAUCCAUUUUAAUAAAAGAUCAGAGUUUUGAUCUUGUGGAAGCAGAUAUGAACGAGAAGAUGGGGUGGGUUUCAUGGGGUCCUAGGUUAGUUUCAUUGUUUGCAAUGGUGUGUACAGUGAGGGGUAUUGGUGCAAACUGGGGUACACAGGCGACUCAUCCCCUGCCCUCGGAUACUGUGGUGAAGUUGAUGAAGGAUAAUGGGAUUCAAAAGGUGAAGCUUUUUGAUACAAACUAUGAUACGCUUAGGGCUCUGGGUGGGUCUGGGAUCGAAGUUAUGGUGGGUAUUCCAAAUGAAAUGCUUGCUUCUCUUGCUGGCAGCAUCGAGGCUGCUGAGAAAUGGGUUGAAAAGAAUGUCUCCUCCUAUAUGCGUUCCAAUGUCAAAAUAAGUUGUGUUGCAGUUGGCAAUGAACCUUUCUUGAAGACAUAUAACGGAAGCUACCUCCAAACAACUUAUCCUGCUCUUGUAAACGUCUAUUCUGCCCUUAGCAAUGCUGGGCUUGGCAACCAAGUAAAAGUUACUGUACCCCUUAAUGCUGAUGUUUAUGAGAGUUCGACAGGCCUUCCAUCUGGGGGUGACUUCCGAACUGAUAUCCUUGGGCUUAUGCUUAAGAUUGUCGAGUUCUUGAGUGAGAAGGGCAGUCCCUUCACUGUGAAUAUCUAUCCCUUCAUAAGUCUGUAUUCCGAUGCCAACUUCCCUGUUGAAUAUGCAUUCUUUGAUGGCAACUCAUCACAUAUAAAUGAUGGUGGGACAGUAUAUUCCAACAUGUUUGAUGCUAAUCACGACACUCUCGUGCAUGCCUUGCAAAAGAAUGGUUUUGGGAACUUGCCAAUCAUAGUUGGAGAGAUUGGGUGGCCUACUGAUGGAGACCGGAAUGCUAACUCAGAAUAUGCUCGGCGGUUCAACCAAGGAUUCAUGAACCACAUUUCAGGUGGAAAAGGAACGCCAAUGAGACCUGGGUCAAUUGAUGCCUACAUAUUCAGUUUGAUUGAUGAGGAUGCUAAGAGCAUCGAUCCCGGUAAUUUUGAACGGCACUGGGGAAUUUUUACUUUUGAUGGAUUACCAAAAUAUACUCUCAUCCUGGGCACCACAAAUUCUGGUGCUCCAUUAGUUAGGGCGACAGAUGUCCGCUACUUGCAGAAGAAGUGGUGUGUGAUGGACCCUUCUGCCAAACUUGAUGAUCCACAAGUGGCACCUAGUAUGAGCUAUGCCUGCGGACUUGCUGACUGCACCAGCCUUGGUUAUGGGACAACUUGUGGGAAUUUAGAUGCUCGGGGGAAUAUAUCUUAUGCAUUUAAUAGUUACUUUCAGAAGAAUAAUCAGCUUGAUGAAGCCUGCAAGUUUCCUAACCUUUCAACGAUAACCAAAACAGACCCAUCAGAUGAAACUUGCAGAUUUGAGAUAAUGAUCCAGCCUCAGCAUGCAGGUACAGAACAAAGAUUUGGGUGGUUGAGUUUGGCUUCAGUGCUUAUUCUCAUCUUGCUAACAGCUCCAUGAGCUCUUAGUUAAUCUCUAAAGGUGGCAAAUUUGGCAACUUUGAAGCCAAACUUUGAGAUCAAUUAUGCUGUUUGCAACUAAAUUCAGAACAAUGUCUCGAUGUGUGUAUUACUUAGUAUGCCAUUAGAUCAGGUACGGGGCCUAGAUUCCGGCAUUUGCUGCUCAUUCUGGUGAAUCAAACAUGCCAUGAGCAGUUUUUAUUCCCUAUUUCUCCUGAUUCAGAUCGGGCAUAUAUAUGUAUUAAGUGACCUUUAUCCCCUAAUC